CUGCGGUUGGGUAAGGUUCUUCAGUCUGGUAUCAGAAGCGCAGGAGAGAGGAGUUGGUGAGCGUGGGAAACAUUGACAUGGGGACCUCACCUACGCUUUUCGCUAUGAUAGCUGGAAUAUUAGUCCCAGCACUUGCCGGUUAUAUCGAGUAAUUCAUACAGGGUCGGACUGAGGGCCCGGGGGUCCACCGGGCUGCUGUUGCAGGUCCCCUAACCUCCAGGUCCUAUGCGGAGCUGGCCCCCACCUCCAGGUCACCUGUGGAGCCACCCCCCCGGCACUGGCAGCCAAUGCUGGAACAGGCUUUGCUGUGGCAGAGCCACAAGUGGCUAUGUUUUGUGGCAAAUUAAACAUGCAUGUUAACAUUCAGACUGGAAAAUGGGAACCUGACCCUUCUGGGACCAAAAGCUGCAUUGGCACCAAGGAAGAAGUUCUCCACUACUGUCAAGAGGUUUAUUCUGAUCUUCAAAUAACCAAUGUAGUAGAAGCAAAUCAGCCGGUUAGCAUUGAUAACUGGUGCAAGAAGGGAAAAAAACAAUGCAAGGGUCAUUCUCACAUUGUUGUUCCAUUCAAGUGUCUAGUUGGUGUGUUUAGCGGUGUGAUGUUUGUUCCAGAGAAGUGCAAGUUCUUUUACAAAGAAAGUGUGGAAGUAUGUGAGGGUCAACAACACUGGCAUAAUGUAGCCAAAGAGGCUUGUAUGACAGAGGUUAUGGUCCUCCACAGUUAUGGCAUGUUGCUACCAUGUGCUGUGGACAAGUUCAAUGGGGCUGAGUAUGUCUGCUGCCCUCAAACAAAGAUUCUAGAUGAAGCUCUAUCUAAGGAAGAAGAAGAGGAUGAUGAGGAAGAAGAUGAAGAUGAUUAUGAUCUUUACAAGAGCGAGUUCCCCACUGAGACUGAUGUAGAGGAUUUUACUGCAGCUGCGGAAGAAGAAGAAGAAACGGAAGAUGAAGUUGUAGAAGACCGUGACUAUUACUAUGACAAUUACAAAGAUGAGGACUACAAUGAUGAAAACCCAACAGAGCCUCCUAAUGAUCAACAACUGUCUGGAAAAGACAUAAUUACAGAUGUCAAAUCUGUCUGCUCGCAAGAGGCCAUUACAGGUCCCUGCCGGGCCAUGAUGCCACGCUGGUACUUCAACCUUGGCCAGAAAAAAUGUUUUCGGUUUAUAUAUGGAGGCUGUGGAGGCAACCGGAACAAUUUUGAGUCUGAGGACUAUUGCAUGGCCGUUUGUAAAGUAAUGAUUUCACAAACUCCAGCUCCUGCUGAUGAUGUGGAUGUGUAUUUUGAAACCCUAGCUGAUGAUAAUGAACAUGCACGAUUCCAGAAGGCUAAAGAACAACUAGAGGUUCGGCACCACAACCGUAUGGAACGAGUGAAAAAGGAAUGGGAAGAGGCUGAGAAUCAGGCCCAGAGUCUGCCAAAAGCUGAAAGACAGACUCUCAUACAGCAUUUCCAGGCCACAGUGAAAGCCCUUGAAAAGGAGGCAGCCAGUGAGAAACAGCAGCUGGUGGAGACUCACCUCGCCCGCGUAGAAGCCAUGCUUAAUGACAAGCGCCGCAACGCUCUGGAGAACUACCUCUCUGCAUUGCAGGCUGAUUCCCCUCGACCACAUCGCAUCCUUCAAGCCCUAAAACGCUAUGUAAGAGCGGAAAACAAAGACAGAUUGCACACCAUCCGUCAUUACCACCACGUACUUGCUGUAGAUCCAGAGAAGGCUGCACAGAUGAAGUCUCAGGUUAUGACCCAUCUCCAUGUUAUUGAAGAGAGAAUUAAUCAAAGCCUGGCUCUGCUUUACAAGGUUCCUUACGUUGCUGAUGAAAUUCAGGAUGAAAUAGAUGAAUUGUUCCAGGAGCAGCAAACUGAUAUGGAUCAGUUCACAACUUCUUUCUCAGAGUCCCAGGGCGAUGUAAGAGUGAGCUCAGAGGAGAGUGAAGAAAUUCUUCCAAAGGAUGGUAAAUCCUUCCACCCUUUCCAGGUGAAAACCUUCCCAUCAAUCUCAGAAUCUGAAGAAACACAACGGGAUUCCUACCUUCCAGUGAGAAAAGGCUCUGGCAUGGCUGAUCUUAACACUCUUAUUGGCGCGGAGGAGAAGAUUAUCAAUAGCAAGAGUAAAGCAGACCAGAAAGUGGUAAUUGAUGAAACCCUUGAUGUGAAGGAAAUGAUUUUCAAUGCAGAGAGAGUCAGUGGACUUGUGGAUGAGCCGGACACCGAUGGACCUCUACGGAAUGAGUUCAGUUUCAGCAGUGGAGCACUUAUUGGCCUCCUUGUUAUUGCUGUAGCUAUUGCUACAAUAAUUGUCAUCAGUCUUGUUCUGCUGAGGAAGAGGCAAUAUGGCACCAUAAGCCAUGGAAUUGUGGAGGUGGAUCCAAUGUUGACUCCUGAGGAACGUCACUUGAACAAGAUGCAGAAUCACGGAUAUGAAAACCCUACAUAUAAAUACUUGGAGCAGAUGCAGAUCUGAGUGAUGCAUACUUGGGGUGUGGGAUGGGUGGGUUAAUGACCCUGAUAGGGCAUGAAAUGGGAGGGGCCAAAGAAAAUGGGUGGGGUAUUGAUUUUCGUUUCACUGCUGACCAAUCAUUGCUUUUGAGAAGGAGGCUAUGCCUAUUCCUUUAGGCACUCCUGGACUCUUAAUCACUCCUGAUAGUACAUUUUCCAUUCCUAUAAACGGGUGACAGAGUAGAGACUUGCGGAGUCUAUGGUAAAUAUUUUACUGCUGAUCUUUUAAGGUGUAGGGGUUUUUUCUUUGUCAUUAAUCAUAUAAUUAACAAUCCAGAUGACAUUGUGACUCCUGCAAACAAUAUAAAUAUAUAUAAAUAUGUAUGUAAAUGGGGGGAAAGUUAAUUUUAAUAAGGUUUCUGGUUCCAGUAGAAUGUUUCUUUAUGCAGCAUCUUUCUGUCCUGCUGGUUUAUUGAAGAUGAGAUGAACUACAAAACAAGACUAUUUUGAACAAAGAUGGAUUGGGAAAGUAGCUGUCGGCUUGCGUUUGAGUUACUGUACAAAAAAACAUUGCAAGCCAAUCAUAAGCAGAGGCCUUGCUAUGCUAUUUACAUGGGAUGUACGGUCAAAAAAUAAAUUCUAGGAUAUCCUCUCAGAAUAACUCUCUCUCUAAUAGCUUUAGGGGUGUUUGUUUCUCAUUCGCCACAGGCAUUGGGCUCAGUGAGAAACAGAAACCUCCUCCUGGUUUCAGGCAGAUCAAGUGGUCUGAAGUGUGACAAUCUGCAGAUCCCUUCUAAGGUGGGCAGCCUCUAAAAUAAUAUUUGCCAAUGGGUCUGAGAGCAAGUGGAAUCCUUGGGGAGAGCAAUACAGAAGUUUGUGGAGUUUUUUUUUUUUUUUUUUUUUUCAAAAACAAUGGAGAAUUUUUAAAUGGAAGUAUUUUUUGUUUCUAUUUUCCCCGAGAGGGGAACCUAAAGGUUUUUAUUUUUUGACAUUACGUCCAAUUUAAGCAACUUUUUCACUAGGUAUAUCAAUCUGGUUGUUUUAGAUUCAGGUUGAGAAGAGCUGUCGUGUACUACUGAUCAUAUUGUAGAUAUUUUCCUGCUUGGGCCAGUGCGCUCUGUGUUUGUAGAAGACAGAACAGUCUACUCUUGGUCUUGACACCAGUGAGAGUGUUUUAGUAAAUUCAUAUUCCCACGUGGUACACCAGUUUAUCAGAUGGCAUUUUCCAUGCAUCAUAGCCAUACUGGUACCUUUGCACUUAACCCAUUAAUUGUCUUCAUGGUAGCAAAAACAAGAAUGUAUGAGUGUGUGCAACAAGCACUUGCAGCAUUCCAUUCCGUGGAACUGUCUGUCGGGCUUAGACCAUCAAUGAACUACCAUUUAAUAGGGAACAAGGGCCGGUAGUACUGCAGCCCAAGGGGCCCAUAGAACAAGGGACUGACAGCUUCCUAUUGAGUCAGAGCUGUCCUCCGAUCCCCACCCUGUCUGUAAUGCUUGUAAAUGUGAUGUUUGCUAUAACCGCAUCAUUUCAGAUUUAAUUCUUUUCUAAAUCUUAAGGUUCUGGUAACCUGUGGUGUUUGUCUUCCUAUAUAUUUUUCCAUAUUUUACUGUGAGUUUUUAAUUUGUUUUUUCUUUUGCCCGGAUUUCUUUUUUCGCACUAUGCACAGAUUUACCUUAUACCUGCAAGAUUCCUUUGUGUGUUGUGGGGAAUGUAAAAAUUGGAAAACAUGUCAAUAAAACACGAACUUCCAUAAA